CUCUAUCAAGUCGCCUCGGCCCGCACAGAGACGAAAGCGCUAGGAUGAGGAUCAACGUAGAGCUGCCGCUGGCGUCGACAUCGUCACUAGCGAGCCAGCCGUCAUCCAGUGUCCCGCCGCCGCUGGUUCAGCUAGCACCGAGCGGGGAGCUGGCGCUCAUCGAGCUGCAGGGCCGCCUCGAGAUGGACGAUGUCGAUGCGUCUGGCGGACAGGUACUCGCCAAGCUCGAGUUCUCAGCGGGUAGGGAGGACAGACCGACGCUGCUCAUCUCACAUCAUCGCCUGGAGGGAAAGAUUGUCUCUUUGCCCCGGCCUUUGGCCGUGCUGGAGAAGAAGAGACGCGUCAAGGAGGACUUUCAAGAGGCACCUCUCAGACGGGGCCGCGUACAAGAUGUGGCAUCUUCACCAACGCCAUUUGAGAACCGUAGUGACCCGCUGAGUAGAGGAGGGGCAUUGGAGAGGGAGGACGACGACGACGACGCGGCAGCGCCGUCGUCGCCUACGAUGACUCGGAAAAGGGCGCGGCCGAACGUGGAGGAGGUUUCACUGCAGACACCGCUUAAGCGUACAAGAGACGCCGAAGUAAUGAGCAGCAGCCCCAUGCCGCCGCCUCCAAUGCGGGGCAGCGAGCUCGACUUCAGCUCUCCUACAACAUCACCCGCUCGAAGAGCGCUUCCAACUCACACGGAUAAGGAGGAGGAGGAAGGGGACUCGGCGAAGAGUAGGACGACAAAGACGUACUUUGAAGUCGUUUGCGUCAUUCGCAAGAAGAUUCUCUUCACAAAGCGACCCGAGCCCGUCGUGCGACUGGACGAAGAAGGAGGCGAAAAGGCAAAGGUUGCGCUCGGCAUCGCUUGAGGCCUGCCCAUUCAUUUUUGUAAUGUAGUCUGUUUGACAAUUGACAAUUCUCC